GACAGUUGUAUUUUAGUCUAUAAUACUAAUCAGUAAUCAGUAAUCACUAUUCAGCAAUUCAGCAUUUAUAUUUCAUAAUAAUAUAAUAAUUAGUAAUAUUAAUUAUUUUAGACAUUAUAGUAACUAUACAUUGGUUGUACUAUAGUCUAUAACUUGACAAUAUACAACAUUUGUCUGUGGUCUGUCUUGAGUUUAAUGAGUUGACACUCAACUGGGUUUGAAAAUUAUUCUCUUUAAAUUAAUGCAUUUCAGAGACACCAUUUAAACAUAAUUAAUGCCUAAUAUGAAUUAUUAAAUUAUUAUUUAUUGUUUAAUUAAUAUUUAUAGCUUUCAAAUUUGAAAUUUUUAUACAAUACUUUUUAUAGUAUUUUGUGCUAAUGUGUUUAGUUACAUCAAAAUCUAAUUAAUUUAUAAUAGCAAUAAAAGAAAUCAACUUGCCGUUUUACAAAAUAUAUCAACAUGAAAAAAUCUGCUAAAAUACGAUUAAACACCAAGCCAAAACUGAAUGAAAAAACAGAAAAUAAAUUAAAUCAUGAAAACUCAAGUAAAAUGAAGACAUCAAUAAAAAAUAUUUCUGACAAAGAAAAUGAUAAUUUUUCUGAUUCUAGUUUAGAAUUAUUUGAUACAUUUAAACCCAGAUCAAAAAAAAAAAUUAAUUCUAAACAAAAAUCCAAUAAUAAUAUUAAUAUUGAUUACAUUGAUUUAACAAAAGAAUCAGACAUAGAAUCAAGAAAAUAUAUAAAUUCUAAAUCAUCCAUUUAUAAUAUCAGUUCUAGUUCAAUUGAUAGUUUUAAAUCAUUUACUAGCUUACAUUCUAAUCCUAUUGAAAAUAUUUAUUCAAAAGACAAUUUAUCUGGUACAGAAGACAGUAUUACUACAUUUGAAUGCAAAGAUAGAAAUGAUAUACAUGAUAAUUCAUAUGAGUUUAAAAAUAAUUAUACUACACCAGAAAAAAACCAUAUUCAGACCAAUCAUCUUUCGGAAUCUGCUAAAUUAUUAGACCGCAUUUAUGGUAAAGAAUGGCGAUGUGUUGAUGGAGUACUUAAAAAUUUGAAAACUAAGAAUAUAAAUAAUGAACUUUACGAUGAUUAUAAUAAAUGUCACAAUGAAAAUAUUUCUAGCAAAAAUUACAGUGAAAUUAAAUACUCAUCACCUUCUGGAGUUCUGAAAAAACAUCAAGAAUUCAAUAUUCAAAAUAAAGUGGAUGAUACUUCAAUAAUUUUAGAAAAUUUCAGUUUAUCCAACGAUUUAAAUGAAAUACCUGAUCAAUUAGAUAUUAUCCAUCCCUCUGCAAUUCGAAUAAAUGAUAAGAUUUCAAAACGUACAAAUGAGAAAGAAUUAAAUAAUUUAAAAUUUUUUAAAGAAAAAACAUUCAAGGAAGAUGGCAAUACAAAAAAAAAUUACGCUUACCAAAAUGUACAGUCUAAAAUACUAACUAAAUCGAAUAUAGAAGCAACGCUUUCUUUUUUGAGUUCUCUAUCAUGUUUUACUGGAUCUAUGAAAUGUGAUCCUGAAGCUGAAAAAUACAAACUAAAGUUUAAAAAAAAUAAAGAUGAUUUAGUGUCAAUAUUAUUUAAAUUGUUUAACAAAGAAGUAUUUGAUGAUAAGCUUCCGGCUGAUAUGAAUUUCAAAUGGAAUGCACGAUUAAGGUCAACUGCUGGUGCUUGUUUCAAUAAACGUUCAGUCAAAAUAAAUGAAAAUUUAGAUUGUGUGAGAGUUUCUCGCAUUGAACUUUCUUCUAAAAUUAUUGAUACAGCUGAAAGAUUAAGAGAUACAUUAAUUCAUGAGCUUUGCCAUGCUGCUUGUUGGAUAUUUAAUGGUAUUUCUGAAGGACAUGGUCCACAAUGGAAAAGCUGGGCAAAUAAAGCUAUGCAAAAGUUUCCAGAACUCCCAGUUAUAAAAAGAUGCCAUAGUUAUGAUAUACAAACUAAAUUUACUUACAAAUGUAUAAAAUGUGGAUACAGUUUUGGGCGUCAUUCAAAAUCAUUAAAUUUGGAGAAAAAAAGAUGUGGACUUUGUUAUGGAGAAUUUGAAUUAAUUAAAAACAAAAUUAAUAAUAACCCAAUACCUAAUAACAAUUUCCCAGUUGUUCACGAAGACCCAUUGAAAGAAUUAUACAGUUUAAAUGAUAUACAACAGAAACCUAAACUUCCCAAGAAAUUAUCAAAAUUUGCUAUGUUUGUGAAAGAAAAUUAUAGCCGAGUAAAAAGAGAAAAUCCUUUAUCAAAGCAUGGUGAAAUAAUGAAAUUACUUGGAUCUCAAUUCGCAACAACUAAAGUAUUGACUCCUGACGAAGUGUUUGAUAAUUUAUUUAAUAGUUAACAAUACUAUUAACAAUUUAAUUUUAACAGAACAAACUUUUUGACUUAGACUAUAAAAAUUUAUUUUUACAUUUAUAUAAAUUUAAGUUGAUUUUAGUAAUAUAUAUAAUAAAUACUAGUACUAUAUGCAUACUAGUAGUACAUUAGAUUGUUAAUUAAUUUGUUGAUACAGAAUACAUA